GCGGCAAGUUCUAUGCAUAAGACGAGAAAGUGCCACGAGUAUCACCAAAAUCAAAUCUCAUAUUCUUGAGAUCAAUGUCCUCUUUUUGCUGGAAACAAUUGGUCCAUAAUACUACAUGUAAAGAAUAAGCCGCCUUCUAGGAUUCUCAGCUGAGAAUUAAUACAACCAAUUUCUUGUAACAAUCAUGCCUUGUUUUCUUCUCUCAACAUUGAAAUUAACUUCCCACAGCUGUCAACUCCAUCCCCUGUUUUUGAAGCUUAAUAUUUACUUAGUGAUUGCAAAACAUCUAUUUGUGUGACUGACUCUUUGCCUUUGACAAACAACAAUGGGUUCUUCUAAUAUCUUCAAGUACUAUGUUACCUUCCUUUUCAUGCUGAAAUUAUGUACUCUGGCCAUAGCACAAGAUGGUUCUCCGACAGGUUAUCAUGGCGAAGAGAGGGACGCUCUUUUGGCAAUUCAAGCUGAAUUCAACAAUCCUAAAAUACUCCAAAAAAAUUGGACAAGUCUCAUGUGUUACAUGAAUAACACUCCAAAUUGGUAUGGAAUUAGCUGUAUCAACGGUCGAGUCACUGGACUUGUGUUAGAAAAUCUUGGCCUUAUUGGAAAACUCAACCCAAAUGCACUUGCAAAUCUCACUCAAUUACAAACACUUAGUUUCAAGAACAAUUCCAUAUCAGGGAACUUGAUGGACUUCUCCAAAAACCAAAAUCUGAAGAGCAUUGAUUUAUCUGGCAACAGAUUUGAUGGAGAAAUUUCACCUUCUCUUGUAGCACUUAAUUCCUUAGAGUCAUUGCAGUUACAAAACAACAAUUUGAACGGUCCAAUCCCAGGUUUCAACCAGUCAACAUUGAAAGUAUUCAAUGUUUCUUACAACAAUCUUUCUGGUGAAAUUCCAAACACAACAGCUCUUCAGAAGUUUGGUACUUCCUCGUACUUAAGUAACAAAGAUUUAUGUGGCCCUCCUUUUCCUAACACAACGUGCACUACAAAAAAUAAUGAGUCAUCAGAUCCAAGUCCAAGUGAUAAUCCACAUAAUGAAUCUUCAAAUGGUUCAAGACCAUGGUUGGCUCCAAUCUUGGUGGUAAUCAAUAUUGUGGGCGUUGUUGUUCUUUUAUUUCUCGUCAUUUACUACUUCAAGAAAUCAAGAAAGCUAAAGAAAAUGCUGGCGAAUAAGAAUACAAGAUUAAUGGAUGUUGAAAAAAUGGAGACUAGCAAAAUGGAGACCACGACGUCGACGCCAACAGAAACCAGAAGUGUGGAAUCAAGAAGUAUGGGGUCAGAAAUGGAAUUAGAGAAAGGAAAACUGGUAUUCCUAGGAAGUGAAAUAAAUUUUGAAUUGGAUGAUUUAUUGAGAGCAUCAGCAGAAGGUUUGGGAAAAGGAAAUUUUGGGAAUUGUUAUAAGGCUAUGUUGGUUGAUGGACCUACUGUUGUGGUGAAGCGUUUUAGGGAUUUGAAGCCUUUGAGUAAUGAUGAAUUUGUGAGACAAGUAAUAGCAAUUGGUGAUAUGAAGCAUCCAAAUUUGUUGCCCAUACUUGGUUAUUAUAAUACAAAGGAUGAGAAGUUGCUGCUCUUGAAAUUUGCACCCAAUGGAAGCUUAUACAACCGCAUUCAUGGAGGAAAAGGGACGAAAGAUAGGAUUCCAUUUCGAUGGAGCUCAAGAUUAUCAGUUGCUCGCGGUGUCGCUCGAGCAUUAGAGUAUCUACACCUCAACUGUGGCUUCUCCCAAACUGCCACGACUGUUCCCCAUGGCAACUUAAAAUUCUCCAACGUUUUCCUCGAUGAAAACGAUGAAGUUCGUGUUGCUGACUAUGGACUUACCUCCCUUAUUGCUCCCCCAAUUGCAACUCAACGAAUGGUUUCCUACCGAUCACCCGAAUAUCUAGCCUUCAAGAAAGUGUCCAAGAAAUCUGACAUAUGGAGCUUUGGCUGCCUACUCCUGGAAUUGUUAACAGGUAGAAUUUCUUCACAUUCUGCUCCGCCAGGCGUCACCGGUGCAGAUCUAUGCAGUUGGGUUCAUAGGGCCGUCCGAGAAGAAUGGACAGCUGAGAUUUUCGACACUGAAAUAGCUGUACAGAGAAGUGCCAACUCAGGGAUGCUACGUUUGCUGCAGAUUGCUAUAAGGUGUUGUGACAAGUCGCCGGAAAAACGACCGGAGGUGAGUGAGCUGUUGCGGGAAGUGGAAAGUAUUAACGGUGCGGUACUUGAUUCGGAAGAUGAAGAGGAUCUGUCAUUGUCGGUGGAUCAAUCCAUGACAGAUGAUUCCAUAGCAACUGCAACUACUCCGUCUCGAUAAGAUGUGUUACAAAUAUUGCAUGAUCUUUCUAAAGGUUUGGAAUGUACAACGUAACAUGUGCAUGUAAUAUUAAUUUGAGCAAAUUCUUAUCUAUAAUACAAUAUUGUAUUCACUUUGCUGCUUAUUAUUUAGGACAACAUUCA